AUGGCCAACAGAGGAGGCAGGAGAGAUGUCCUGCAAACACUGGAUGACAGGGAAUUAUUGAGACGCUACAGAUUGGAUUGUGCAGGAAUCAUGUUUGUGGUGGAUCUCCUUAGAGAUGCAAUUACUUCACCAAUUCGACGCCACAAUGCUAUUACACCGGAGAAGAAAGUAAUCACAACCCUGAGGUAUUUGGCAACAGGGAAAAUGCAACAAUGCAGCAGUGAUGACUUGGGUCUGUCCCGAACCUCCGUCAGCAGAGUCAUCACCGAAACACUGACAGCUUUGUCACAAGCUAAUAUUGUGACACAAUUUGUUUCAUUCCCGCUGGAUGCCCGCACUUUACACACACAUAAAAGGGCAUUUUUGGACAUUGCAGGAUUCCCUGGCGUUGUGGGUGUAAUUGAUGGAACACAUGUGAGAAUAAUUGCGCCAUCAGAGGACGAGGCUGUCUUUGUUAACAGGAAGAAUUUCCACAGCAUCAAUGUGCAAAUAGUGUUCAAUGCGGCCUGUAAGAUUUUGGACAUUGUGGCUAAAUGGCCAGGCUCCACACAUGAUGCGAGAAUGCUCUCCGAGAGUGGCAUCAGACAGCUUUUUGAGAGACGCUAUGUGCCAGCUAAUUGCCACUUGUUAGGGGACAGUGCCUACCCAUGCAAACCAUGGCUCCUUACACCUUACCUCCAGCUACACCAAGGGCCCCAACUAAACUAUAACAGGGCCCACAAGACAACAAGAGUGGUGGUGGAGUGUGGCAUAGGCCAGCUUAAGAGGCGCUUUCAUGUUCUCCACGGAGAGGUGCGGCUGAGGCCUGAAAAAGUUAGCAAAGUCAUCAUAGCCUGUGCAAUAUUACACAAUAUUUGCAAGGUUAGACAGAUUGCAGAACCUCUGGAGGAUGGCGAUGAGGAUGAAGAUAACGAUGAGGAUGGUGGUGAAGAAGAUAUUCACAUUCCACAGGGGAACCUAGCCCAGAGUGGACUGCCUUACAGGGCAAACUUCACAAAUUUACAUUACAGGCAAGCUGUAGCCCCAUGUCAUUUGAGAACUUGUGAUGGGAUGCUGACGGAGCAGGUGCUGCGGAUGGGAAUGGUGUUUGAUCCGCCAGGCUAUCCUGAGUAG